CAUGAUAAUCCGGUCAUCCCUGAAAAAGUGCUCCCAGUUACACUGUGUUCUCAAGAUUCCAACUGCUGGUUUCAAGUGGGCACCAAAAGGGGGGCUGAUCUUGCAGUCUAUUUCCCAAGACAUAUACCAGAAUUUGGCUUUAGAAGACUGGAUCCAUGACACCCUGGACUUGGAGAACAGACCAAUUCUUUUCCUAUGGAGAAAUUCUUCUGCUGUGGUGAUAGGCAGACAUCAGAAUCCUUGGCAGGAAUGUAAUCUUAAAAUGAUGCGGCAGAAUGGAAUAAAACUAGCCAGAAGAAAAAGCGGAGGAGGAACAGUUUACCACGAUCAGGGCAACAUCAACAUGACUUUCUUUACAACUAGGAAAAAGUAUGAAAGGAUGGAAAAUUUAAGACUGGUAGUUACAGUUUUAAAAGCCCUGCGACCACAAUUAGAUGUGCAGGCUACUGCAAGAUGUGACCUCUUGUUAAAUGGGUUUUUUAAAAUCUCAGGCACUGCUGCGAAGCUGGGAAGGACUGCAGCUUACCACCACUGCACUUUGCUCUGUAAUACUGACAAAUAUAUUUUGUCAUCUGUACUGAAAAGUCCCUACAGUGGGAUAAAAAGCAAUGCCACGCCCAGCAUCCCAGCCUCAGUGAAAAAUCUCCUGGAAGAAGACCCUACUUUAACUUGUGAGAUGCUCCUGGAGGCCAUUGCUGAAGAGUACGCUACACGCUAUCAUGCUGAUAACCAUAUCAAUGUAAUAAAUCCGGCCGAUGAAAGAGAGUUCCCUGGCAUUAAUAAUAAAGCAAGGGAACUACAAGCCUGGGACUGGAUCUAUGGUAAAACACCCAAGUUCAGUAUUAGCAAAUGCCUGAACAUAGAAGAUGAACAAUCUUGCCUUGACGUCAAGAUAAGUAUGGACAUAAAGAACGGCAAAAUCGAAACAUGCAACAUUGAUGUUCCUCAACAUUGGCUGCCACCAAUGAUGUGCAAUAAACUGGGGGACAGCCUUAUUGGCAGCAAGUUCUGUCCAAGCAAAACUACAUAUGUGGCAAAUGCUUUGCUGAGCACAUGUACAGAUUACAAAUUAUACAGAAAAUGGAAUCUGUUAUGUGAAAAGGUGCUAACACUAAUGUGACCCCCUUGAUAAGCAAAUUCUCAAUCAUUGUUGUGCCAUUAGCAAACUUGCA